CGCAUUAUCACAACAUAUCAUCCAUCUUUCAAGUCUCGUUGAGUCGCCUCGUCGCCUCAGCUGUCAUGGCCCGCUCCCCUUCUCAAAUGGACGUGGAUGAAUACCACUCGACACUCUCCGACGCCAUCGAUCGCCCUGGCUAUCGGGAGACUAGUGGCGCACAAUACGACGGCAAGAGCACCAAGCGCGUCCGCGUCCCGCCGGUGACCAAGCUAGUCAAGUGGCAUGAUCUGCCGAACUGGUAUUCGCGCAAGGAUACGCCUAUUUUGAACCUGCCAAAGGAGAUCCUUGACAGACUCUUCUCCUUGGAGACAGGCCUAGGUCUCCGGGAUUACGUUGCCCUUGCCGGUGUCAACACAAUGUUCCGGAAUCUGUUCGACGACGCGUUGUUCAAAGAGCUCUGCAUCCACUUUGGUUUGGCCGACAAACUUACCCUCCCACCCACUGGCGCACCUCUCACCAACCAAAUCUUCAGCCGCGACGUCGCCGAGUGGAGGGUUCCAAAGCUCGUCGUGCGCAUUCGCGACAUCCCCUCCAACACGUACAUUCCCCGAGGGAAACGCGAGGACUGGUCGCGGGAGCAGUAUGCGGUUUACAGGCAAGAGCGGGAUAUCCACCUCAUGACGCACCGCGUUGCGCGCUAUAAAGCCGGGUACGAGGCCAGCGAGAAGCGUAAAGCCGCGGAAGGACGGCCGAUCGAGCAUCCCCCCGUGAAAGACGGCACGGCGACUCGACAAGUCAUCGGCGUGGUGAACGGCAGCCGGCCGGGGCAGCGGCCGUUCGGGCCGAAAGGCGAAGCGGGCGACCAACAGAUUGCGCGCUACGACCAUGCGGCGUAUGAGCGCCGUCUCGGCCGCAGGGUGUGGAAGAAGGAGAGGCUGGAGGAGCUCGAGGCCGAGCUCGAGAUGAUGAUUCACGUGGCGGAGCAUCCGCCGAGAGAGGAGGACGCGCCGCGGGGACCGUGGGUCGUCCCGUCGACGCCGGAAGACAAGGACGACCCGAGAGACGGUGACGUGUACGAAUUUGAUCCGACAGAGUGGAGCGAGCAGGGGUUCAAGGUCAUCCAUGACUUUUGGCCGAGUCCGUGGCGCGCGAAGGCUGUGGCGUCGCUGUACGAGAAGCGUAUCAACAAGACGACGGCGAAUGACAUUUACAAAGUGACGGACGCUGAGUUGGCCACGCUCAAGCAUGUGCUUGCGGUGAGAGCGUUGUGGUAGGGAUGCUGACAGGGCAGUCGAAUCCGCUGAACAAGGCGACGUGAGCGAGGUUGAGGACAUGUGCUGACGGUAGCCCGCGCCGCCUGUUCCUCGAGACGGCGGUGGAGUCACUGGCGUUUCGGGUUCAUGGGGGCCCCGUUGGUCACGCGAUAUAUCAUGCUAAGAUGACGGAUCGGAUCAGGAAGGGGCGUGAGACACGACGAG